ACUUGAAUUGAGCUAACGGGACCCAUGCCAUGGAGAAUUGAAGUCUCAGCUUCCUUUCUAUGACCGAUGAUGUUUCGCAGUUGAGUUUGCAAAUUAAGUGUUCGAUUCCAAUUAAACUAUUAAUCUGCUUUCUCUAUCUUAUUCUUCUUCUUCUUCUUCUCAGUCGUAGCCUUCCCCAACACAAUUUUAAUGCCUCCCAAAAAAUAAUUAAUAAAUCUUAUAAACCCUCAAACAAAAAAAAACCUCUUGUGGUGUUCACAUCCACAACAACAACCACAUCGGACAAACAAAACGUGAAUUUCAAGGAAGGGUUGACACGAUCUUCGUAUUUAGAAUUGAACAAACAACAACGUUGGUUGUUGCUUGGUCUCUGCAGCAAGUCAAGUCCAAAGCUUAGAUCUUUUUUGUGGAAAUGGCGAGAGGGAGCAGAUCAGUGACGAGCAGUAAAUGGAGGUACUGCCACCCCUCUUAUUAUCUGAAGCGUCCAAAGCGUCUUGCCUUGCUCUUCAUCGUUUUUGUUUGCGCCUCUUUUCUUGUCUGGGACCGUCAAACUCUAGUCAGAGAGCACCAGGUUGAAAUUGCCGAGUUACAGAAAGAAGUUUCUGAUUUGCAAAAUUUGUUGGAUGAGUUAAAUAAUGUGAAAGGUACUGUUGAGAAGAUUGACUUGAAGAGAAAAGCUACCAAGUCCAGUAAAGAGGUCCCGGAUGAUCCCAUUGAUAUUGACAGAAGGGAAAAAGUAAAAGAAGCAAUGCUUCAUGCUUGGGGAUCUUAUGAGAAGUAUGCAUGGGGCCAAGAUGAACUUCAGCCACAGUCAAAGAAUGGUGUCAAUAGCUUUGGAGGUCUUGGAGCAACUUUAGUAGAUUCUCUUGAUACAUUAUACAUUAUGGGUCUCAAUGAACAGUUUCAAAAAGCACGAGAAUGGGUUGCAAACUCUUUGGAUUUUAACAAGGAUUACGAAGCAAGCGUUUUUGAGACAACCAUAAGAGUAGUAGGUGGCCUUCUUAGUGCAUAUGAUCUUUCAGGGGACAAAGUUUUCCUUGACAAGGCUAGAGAAAUUGCAGACAGGUUACUGCCUGCAUGGAAUACACCCACCGGAAUUCCUUACAACAUCAUCAACUUGUCACUUGGACGUGCACACAACCCUACUUGGACUGGGGGUGAGAGUAUCCUGGCAGAUUCUGGCACUGAACAACUAGAAUUCAUUGUUCUAUCUCAAAGGACUGGAGACCCAAAGUAUCAGCAGAAGGUUGAAAAAGUAAUUACACAGCUUAAUAAAACAUUUCCUGAUGAUGGAUUACUUCCUAUCUAUAUUAAUCCUGAUAGUGGAAAAGCAGGCUACUCUCCUAUUACAUUUGGUGCCAUGGGUGACAGUUUUUAUGAAUACUUGCUCAAAGUUUGGAUACAAGGGAAUAAAACUUCAGCUGUAAAACAUUAUAGAGAUAUGUGGGAGAAAUCAAUGAAAGGUUUAUUAAGUUUGAUUAGGAGAUCAACACCAUCUUCUUUUGCUUAUAUAUGUGAGAAGAAUGGAGGAUCACUCUCAGACAAAAUGGAUGAACUAGCGUGCUUUGCUCCUGGGAUGCUUGCUUUGGGAUCAUCUGGUUUUGGUGUCGAUUCGCAGGAGUUUCUGUCACUUGCAGAAGAGCUUGCUUGGACAUGUUAUAACUUCUACCAAUCAACUCCAUCAAAAUUGGCUGGAGAGAACUAUUUCUUUCAUUCUGGGCAGGACAUGAGUGUGGGUACAUCAUGGAACAUUCUGAGGCCAGAGACAGUUGAAUCACUCUUUUACCUUUGGCGUUUAACUGGCAACAAAACAUACCAAGAAUGGGGAUGGAACAUAUUUCAAGCUUUUGAGAAGAACUCCCGCAUAGAGUCUGGCUAUGUUGGACUGAAGGAUGUUAACACUGGCGUCAAAGACAACAUGAUGCAAAGCUUCUUUCUUGCAGAGACUUUGAAGUAUCUUUAUCUUCUCUUUUCACCUUCUUCGGUCAUCUCAUUAGAUGAAUGGGUAUUCAACACAGAAGCCCACCCUCUGAGGAUUGUGACCAGACAUGAAGGGGGACAUGUUGACAACUUGAGUGAGAAGCAGAAACCUUUUUCUAGACUAAGAGGCAGGAAGGAAGGUUUGUCAGGUUAGAUCUCCAUUCUUCUCCACCAUUGCUGGUUGAUGAACCCCUUUCACCAAAUCAAAGAGCAGUUUAUUCCACUAUGGAGUUUGUAAGAUGUCAGCAUUCCUUCAUUGGGAAGCGGUUACGGCCCUGGAGGAGUAAGGCGUUCAUUCUGCUGCAGAUGGUAUCAUCUAAUAUAGGAAAUAGUUAACUCUUCAUUGAAGUUCAUACAAAAUGGGUUUAUUAAACAUGACCUGACCUUUUGUUGAUGAACGACCCUUUUGAAAUUCAUAGCCAAUAGGUUGUUGUCCUUUAUUUUCUUUCUCUGAAACCAAAUUUUCAGAGCAUUAUUACAACUGAGGCAUAUAGCUUGGGCAGUGCUUUUACUCGUUAAGGAAGCGCAAGGUAGUGUGUUAUACACUUCUAUUAUUGUUUCUUUAGUGAAUUUUGAUACGGAACUAUAAGUGCAUCUCAGUUUUUUUGUGUAUGGGACUCGUUACUCAUUUAGUCUUUGAAUACUCUGAAGUGAACCCAGUCCCCUAAAUAGAAAAAAUGUCAAUCUCGUUGUGG